AGUAUACAGCCAUCAUGUACUCUAACCCCACAGUGGUGGUAGAAAAACAACUGAAAAUCGAGCAUGGAAAAGACUCCAAGGAUUGUCGAGUUGUGCUAACCAAAGAAUGGUUAACCUGGGCAUUGGAGGAGAAUUCUGGAGCGGUGGAUAAAGGUCCUAAAGACAUACCACCGCUUAGCGCGUACAGCGAUAUAGUUCGAGUAAGAGUUUCAUGGGUGUUAAAGACUGAUGUAAGCCAAGUUUCUGAGGAGUCUGACGAUCAAGGGCAGUCCAAACUUGAUGUUCAUUAUGCAGUCAGAAUAUCAAAACCCGAACAUCGCAGCGACCUUUCUCUUACAAAGAUCACUUUUCUUGGGACAAAAGAGGCAUGUGAAGACAUUAGCCAAGCAGUUAAAGAAGAAAUUUCUCAAAGAGUCCCAAGGCGUCCCAAAAGUUUGUUGGUAAUUAUUAACCCUGCGAGCGGUAAAGGGAGCGCAGAACAAGUCUAUAGGAAACAUGGUGCCCCUAUUUUUGAACUUUGUGGAAUCAAGACGGAUGUUCAAGUUACCAAGAGAGCAAAACACUCUGACGAAAUUCUCGACAAGUAUGAUUUGACAACCAUUGAUGGGGUUGUGGCUGUUGGUGGGGAUGGAACUCUCACGGAGGUAGUAAAUGCAUUGUUGAAGAGAACAAUGAAGGAUGCCGGGAUAGAUGAGAACGACCCAGACGUUGUUCCCAAGACUCCCUCAGUUACAUGCGGCAUGUUUCCUGGUGGUUCGGCUAACGGAAAUCCAUUGUAUGUAGGUUACAGCAAGCAGCCCUCUUCAAUUGCAAUAAUGAUCGCCAUAGGUCAUUCCGAGAUGUUGGAUGUGAUGACGAUUCACUGUGGAAAACAGUUUCUCGCCUACGGUCUUCUUAUGCUUGGCUAUGGUCAGAUGGCGCGUGUCAUGGGGAUUAUGGAAGACAACAGGUGGGCGGGGCCAGCUCGGUACUUAGCCUUACCGUUCUGUCUUUUGCUAAAGCGGAAGCUGGUGAAUCUUGAAGUGGAAUAUUUGCCGGCUGACACUACCAGCAGUGAAUCAAGUUCAACAACUCCUAACCAAGGUACAGCUUCGCCUGUCGAGGGAGCAACAUGUAAUUCAGAUUUAUCAUGGAAAAAAGUCUCGGGAAUGUACCUUGGAGUUGACGCUGUGUCGAUCCACCCUUCCGCUCCAAACUAUGAUAAACCUUUCUUCGCCCACCAGGCUAUCAAUGAUGGUAAAUUGCGACUGUGGCUGUCAAAAGAAUGUGGAAGAAUGGAACAGGUGUCUUUCUUCAAUAAGCUAAAGAAAUAUGACCAUACAGCGUUUGAUGUGAACUUUUUGGAAUGCUACGAGGUAAAGGCCUUCAAGAUACGUGCUGUAAACCCGAAGCCAGAUGACAAGGCUAGCAGAUUGCUGAUUUGGGAUGGAGACAUGCUGCAAAGCCCAGAACCACAUGCUGAAAUUCGAAAUCACCACCACAUUGUGCACUUUUUUACACGAGAUGAUGGAGAGGAACUGCGACAGGCUUACUUGGCAAAGGUUCAAGCUGAGAAGUCAUGAUGCCCUGAUCUCAGCACAUUGAUGCCUCGUGCAUGAUAUGGAUGAACAUGGUCCGUCCACAACCAAGCGAUGCAAGCCUUUGUACUAGGAUGACCUCUUGAUUUCUUCUGUGAUUUUACUUCUUUUUCUACUUUCUGACAAAUCGUCAAGUGGUUGUCUUAGGUCAAAGAAAAAAACAAUGUUAAGGAUGUAAUUCACUGGAGUUGCUGACAGUGAUAUAUAGGGCAUAUACCAGAAGAAACAUGGCUAAGAGCACUGGCAAAGAGAUGCAAUAAAUUUAAUAAAUAAAGUGUUACUACUAAGUCAUGACAUUCCAAUUGCUGCAACAUUAUUGACAUAAACAUGUACAAGUGCUUCUUUUAUGUUUUGUUGCACUUAUGCACUUAUGUUGCACUUAUGAUGAUAUACUUUGAUAAUGGUCAGUGUGCUUCAAAUCAAAAGAUCAAUGCAAAUUCUAUGCAUAAUCAAUUUAUUGUAUUUUUUUUGGUCAGUUUUUGAGCAAAAGAUCUUAACAUUUUUAUAACGAUGCAUCCAUCCCAUAAAUUUUACCAGAAGAUUAACAGUUUUAAUUACAGAACAGCCAUAUAUUAGUUGGUUACGUAGAUGUCUUACGGAAAAACUCUGGUGUUUUUAUCAAAUUGCAAUGUACAAUCCUCAAAUUUCACUCUUCAUUUUCAUUUGUCCUUGUUCUUUUUUGUUGGGGUUGGUAUUUUUCGUGUUCUUGGUCGUGGGGUGCAUUAUUGAAAUGUACAUGCAUUUCAGGUUGUGAUUCACGUUGCUUUUUAUUCUUGCUUGUCUUCAGUUCGUUCGAUUCGGUACAAAAAUUCGAAUAAAUUAAGUACUGUCAUUAAAAUAGAUAUAUGUUGCUCACUUCAGAAGAAUGGUUAUAUUUUGUAUUAUACCUUGAUCCAAUUCAACGUAAAUAUUGUAAUUCUCAGAAUCUCAAAUCAGCUUGUUUUUCUAAAUAAAUUUCAUGACUUGUAUUGGUUUUUAUUUUUUUAUAUAGGUUUGUCUAUAAUGGCACUAAUACUUAAUAUAUACAUGUUAGUACGGUAAAACUUCUGUUGUCUUUAGUGUUAUCGUGAUAUGUUAGUUGGGGUUUGAAGUGAAAAAAUAUAUAAAUAUCUACAGUUUAUAUAUUUUAUUUGGAGCUUUCAUACGUUUAUUA